AUGUCUGAGUUCCCAGCUUUGGAUAAUUUACCAGGAAACCCUGUCCUCGUACAAAGCAAAAAAUACCAGGGUCGCCAACAUUGGAAAACCAGAUUUUUCUUCCUAGCUCUCCUUGGCACAGUUAUUCUGUACCAUGUUUUACCCCGAGUUUUCUCGUGGAGACACGGAUUUGGCUUUCAUUAUGUUGCGAGAAAUGACUCGCCUCUGAAAAUUUCGACUGCUGAAGCCCAGGAUGUUUUAGAUGACGUUUUAAGCCAAACAAACUUGGCCCGCAACUGGUCUUAUGCUUACACUCAAGAACGCCACAUGCUGGGUGAAAGUCAGCAUUUGGUGGAUUGGACGAAGGAGAAAUUCGAGGAAUAUGGCUUGGAAGACACAAAAGUUGAAACAUAUCAUGUAUAUUUGAAUACGCCAGUGGACCACGCUUUGAACUUAUUGGAUAAGAAUGGUAAAGUGGAAUUUGCGGCACUGUUAGAAGAAGACGCUUUGCCCGAGGACCCAACGUCUCAAAAUGAUACUGUACCAACAUUUCAUGGCUAUUCAGCUUCAGGAAACGUCACCGCGCAGUAUUUUUACGCCAAUUACGGGAGGAAGCAGGAUUUUGAUGCUUUGCGUCGUUUAGGAAUCGACAUGACAGGCAAAAUUGCUAUUGUGAGAUAUGGUCAGAUAUACCGCGGCCUCAAAGUCAAGUUCGCCCAAGAAAGUGGUGCUGUGGGCGUAGUAAUCUACUCUGAUCCUGGGGACGACGGUGAAUUUAUUCCACAAAAUGGAUACAAGACAUAUCCUCACGGGCCAGCAAGGAAUCCAUCAAGUGUUGAGAGAGGAUCUGUGAUGUACUUAUCAUAUAGACCAGGUGAUCCAACUACUCCUGGAUACGCAUCCAAAAAGGGUGUUCCGAGAGAAGAUCCACAUGCUACUACUCCAAAAAUUCCUAGUCUUCCCGUGAGCUACAAAGACAUAAUGCCCAUCUUAUCGAAGUUGAAUGGGCUUGGACCAAAUGCUAAACAUUUUGGAUCUGAUUGGGUGGGUAAAUUGGAAGGAUUUGACUACAGUAUUGGUCUUUCACCCAAGGGAGAUGUUAGUUCUCCUCUACUCCAUCUUUUCAACCAACAAGACUACUCCAUUAUUCCAAUCCACAAUGUUUUAGGAACAACCAAAGGAAUAUUGGAAGACGAAGUUGUCAUAGUUGGAAACCAUAGAGAUGCAUGGAUCCGUGGUGGUGCUGGUGACCCUAAUUCUGGACUGGCUGUAAUGCUAGAGAUUCUUCGUGCAUUUCAAGAAGCAGCCAAGUCGGGAUUCAAGCCCUACAGAACCAUAAUUUGGGCAUCCUGGGAUGGCGAAGAACCUGGAUUGCUUGGCCUGACGGAAUGGGCUGAAGAUCAUGCUAGACGGUUACAGAAGAAGGUCGUUGCAUAUUUGAAUCUUGACUCUGCGGUAACAGGAAAAACAUUACUCAUGUCAUCAUCCCCAGUUUUGAAAGAUGUCCUUUUUGAUGUUGCAAAGAAAGUUGAUUAUCCUAAAGGAGGCAGUCUAUUUGAGCACUAUAUGAACGGACCUCUUAAAGGUGACAUUUCCAUUUUAGGUAGUGGAUCAGACUAUACUGUGUUUUUAGAACACUUGGGUAUCCCAUCGUUUGAUAUCGGUUUUGUGAGCAAUCCAGAAACCGAACCUGUUUAUCAAUAUCACCUGAACUAUGACCUGUUCUAUUGGAUGGAUACAAUUUGUGACCCAGGUUUCUUGUACCACAAUACUAUGGCUAAAUAUUUUGGGAAAUUGGUCAUGCAAGUGAGCGGACCGGAAUUGCUUCCUUUUGGUGUGUUAGCUUACGGUAUCGAUAUUGAAGAAUACCUUUCAGACGCUUUGAAGUCUGUUCCACUUGAGUGGUAUCAUUACAAAAGUAAUACCUCGCGUAUUCCGGGCCACAUCCAUAAGACUGUUGCUUCUUUGUCCAAUCUCCCAGAACUUCAGCACAAGACCGGGUUUCAAUUUGUUAAUGAGUUUACCGAGGCAGUCAAGAUCACGAAAAAAGCACUUAAGAAAUUCCAACGGGCAGGGAGUGAAAUUGAUGAUGCGAGAAAACAUUUACAGGACAAUUUGUACAAGAAAAAGUCCAUAUGGCAUCGCAUACGGGACCAAGCUCGGGUAGCCUUGAUAAAUGCCAAGUUGGGCUACUUGGAUAGAAUCUUUUUACAUAGCGAUGGUCUUAAAGACAGACCAUGGUUCAAGCAUUCUAUCUACGCCAGUGGUCGAUACACGGGCUACGCAGGCCAAUCUCUUCCAGGAUUUAGAGAGGCGGUUGAAGAUGAAGAUCCAGAAUCAGCACUUAAGUGGCUUAAUGUCUAUUGGAGGUCACUUUAUGUAGCGACUGGCCUUUUGUCUAUCUGA